AACCAUUACACAAUCCAUAUAGUGUGGUGGCAGUAAUGUCAGACGAAUCUUUUUGAAAUCGCAACUCCUUUUUUUCUGGGCUACUAGAAACUUGUUCGCGCCGCGCUCAGUUGAAUCGCUCUGAUAUCGAUUAGUUUGUUUUCUUAACUGGAAUCUCCGCCAUAUUUGAAGACAUUUAUUAUUCUGCCGUGGGGAAGAAUGGUCAUGGGUUUUUGGGAGAAAUGUAUCGUUCUUGUAAAUGUUUCAUAGGAAAUGGAAGCGUGCAAGUGCAUCUUUAUUUAUUUUUUUAUUAAACCUGUAAUAUGUAGGCAUCUUUAAAAGCCAAACGUAUGUGUUUUUGAUUGUUUGUUUAUUUUUAUGUUUUUAACAAUAACGGUUCAAGACUCAAUGUUCUUUUAACACACAAGGGCUCUCGUUCGUUCGUCCGUCUUCUACCUGUAUUCUUUCUUCAUUUUUGCCUUCGGCAUGUUUUCUAAAAAGACCCAUGGGGACGUCAAGAAAUCGACACAGAAAGUACUGGACCCUAAAAAGGAUGUCCUGACUCGCCUGAAACAUCUGAGGAUCGUUAUAGAAAAUGCAGAGUCAACUGAAUUGAAGCAUUUUUUUGAGCACAAUUAUUCUCAUAUCUACUACGUGUUUUUUGAAAAUUUUGUGAGCAUUGAAGUCAGCCUGAAACAGAAAGGUCAUAAAUCCCAAAGAGAAGAAUUGGAUUCUAUCCUUUUUAUAUUUGAGAAAAUUUUGCAGCUUCUCCCUGAAAGAAUACAAGGAAGAUGGCAGUUCCACAGCAUAGGUCUUAUUCUAAAAAAACUCCUUCACACUGGGAAUUCCUUAAAGAUUCGAAGAGAAGGUGUUCGCCUCUUUCUUUUGUGGAUGCAAGCUCUGCAAACAAAUUGUAGUAAAGAACAGCUGUGGAUGUUUGCUUGCUUAAUUCCAGGCUUCCCUUCUCCACCCUCACAACAUGGACCUCGAACCUUGGACAAUCUAAUAAACCCUCAUCUAAACCUUCAGGAAACUCAAGUAACACCGGAGGAAAUCACCCCUCUUGUUCCUCCACAAUCUGGGGAUAAAGGUCAAGAAGAUUUUACAAGCUAUUUUUUGGAAGCACUUUUGAAAUACAUGGUAAUCCAGGCAAAGAGCUUAGAAUGGAAAAACAAAGAAAAUCAUGAAAAGGGCUUUGCAUUUUUAUUUGGAAAUUUCAAGAAAUAUUAUCUUCCUCACAUUUUUCCAAAUUUUUGUAAGGAGACCAGCUUAUAUAAUCCUGUUCUUGAGGUCCCUCAUUUAAGACCAAAGCCAAAUUAUCUAGUAAUAAAGAGAGACUCUGAGACAAAUGAAGCAGUCUAUUGCACUAAAGAGAUGUUCCUGACUGCUCGAGUCAUUUUCAUCCGAUGGCUUGUAUCAUUUUGGCUAGAGCCCAAAUCAAAUACAGGAACACACAUCCCAGGAGUUGAAGGUGAAAAUGUUCCAAAAAAUAUCCAGAGAGCAGCAGCAGGUCUGGCAGCUCGAGAAGAAGGAGGUACACGACCUGAUAAUGUUGAUGGAAACAUAGAACCAGAGCAGUCACACUCUAACACCAGCACACUAACUGAAAGGGAACCAAGUUCUUCAAGCCUGUGUAGUGUGGAUGAGGAACAUCUUACCGAUAUUGAAGUGGUCAGAAAGGUGUUCUGCUCAUCCAGAACUAAUGUUAACUUUAUAACAGAAAUUUUUCGACAGGCAUUUCUACUGCCAAUAUGUGAAGCUGCUGCAAUGAGAAAGGUUGUGAGGGUUUACCAAGAGUGGAUUCAGCAGGAAGACAAACCAGUCUUUAUGAGGGAGCCAGAAGAAAUGCAGUACUCUCCUGCUACAAGUGUGAUUCAUUUGGAAACUGCAGGGGAACUUGCAGCUGAAAAAGAAAAGGAAGAAGACAAAACCACUAAAGCACCCGGGCAUACAAGGUCUUCCAGCUGGACAAGAAACUCUUCAUACCAAGAUGCAAUCAAUAAAGUGUCAGACUCUGAACUUUUGGAAUAUAAUGUGGCAGCGGGCUUACAGUCCACUCUGCAGGUUUUCAUCAUAAAUUCUUCUAACGUAUUUCUUCUGGAACCUGCUAAUGAUAUAAAAUUCCUUUUGGAGGAACACAUUGACAUGUGUAAACGAGUCCUCAAUAUUUAUCGUAGCCUGGUUAUGCAUGAGACAAUGGAUCAGAAGACAUGGGAGCAGAUUUUGUUGGUGUUACUUAGAGUAACUGAAUGUGUGAUGAAAAAAACACCAUCAGUGAUGCCCCCAGGGAAAAAGUCUAUGACUCUCUCUGGGAGGCUUGCUGGAGCAAUUUUUCAGACACUUAUAGUCGCCUGGAUCAAAGGAAAUCUGAAUGUAUACAUCUCCAGGGAGUUGUGGGAUGAUUUGCUUGGUGUGUUGUCAUCACUGACUUCUUGGGAAGAGCUUGUGACUGAGUGGUCAUUAACUAUGGAGACCUUGACCAAAGUGUUGGCUAGGAAUCUGUACAGUCUAGAUCUGCAAGAUCUUCCUCUGGAUAAACUCAGUGAACAAAAACUAAAGAAGCACAAAGGAAAAGGUGGUGGAUAUGAAUCACAGAAGCUUUCUGUGGAUAAGUCCUUUUCCAAAGGUUGGAGUCGAGACCAGCCUGGACAAGCCCUGAUGAGACAGCGUAGUGCCACUACUGCUGGAUCUCCUGGGACUGAGAAAGCAAGAAGUAUUGUAAGGCAGAAAACUGUUGCCUUGAGAAGCCGAUCCACUGGAGAUAGUGUCCUGUCUUCAGCCUUUAUACGCAGCGCUAAAAGUGCUCCUGUCUUGAUCCAUCCAAUCCACCCUCUCCUGCCUGAUACUGUCCUCACUCCCUUAGCCGAUGAGCUGUCAGAUAUUGAGGAUCCUCAGGUAAUACCCCGUGCUCCACGAAUGAGGCACUUUUCUCAGAGUGAAGAGAUGCCUCCUUCUGAGGUGUUUGCAACAAUUGGAGAGGAACAGCCAUUGCCUCGGAGUAGCAGUACCUCUGACAUCAUGGAACCAUUCAUUGCAGAACGGGUUAAAGGUGCUCUUCCUGUACUUGACGGGACAUCCCAUGGCAUUUCCAGCUCACAAAGAUCUUGUGAGUUCCCCCAGUGGUUUAUGUCUACGGAGAGUAACCCGAACAGUAGAGAGUCCUCUUUGGAAGUUGGGGAUAGCAUCUAUGACCACCUUUGUCAACUUAUAGGGCCGUCAGAGCAAAUUCAACCAGAUUCUCAGCUAAGUUACUCGGAAGAUUUUAUAGGGGAAGAAGACUUGCUGUCAUCUCUGAGAGAAUAUUUAAAGGAGAAAGGAGAUGGGAUUGAUAGGGUUGAGCUUAAACUGAAAGAAAUGCCUCUUAGUUUGGAUGAGGCAUCAAAUAAUCUUGAUCAGAUAAUAAUGCCAAAAUUGGAUAAAAUGAGUAAUGAAGAAAUUGUACAUGGCAUGCCUCCUUACCCAGUGGACAAAGAUGCAGGCCUAAUAUUUCCUAAUUUUUGUCAAUAUAUCAAUUCAUCAGAUAAGGAUGACCAAUUAACAUGGUCUAAUGAACAACAUAAGGAGCUGCUUAUCCACGGAGCAGCCGGAGAAGCAGUAGAAGGUGGUCUAAAUGAUGGAAAUAAAAAUAAAAUAUUAUGUAGACAAGUAGCUACUGAAGAAGUUUUUGUAGCAGAGUUAGAAAAGGGUAGAUCAGAAGUUGGAAAAUAUCAGUCAGAGAAAAUACAAGCAAUGCAUGCGCAAAAACAAGAGCACAGUUCAUUUAUAGCUUUUGAGUCACCUAAACCACUAAGCACAAAUGCUCUUUCUAAGCACACAUCUUCCACCGCAGUUCCCAAACCUAGAUUAAUUCGUGUUGUGGGCAAGAAAAGACAUGCUGGUGUCCAUGUAAGUUUUAGACCUUCAACUGAAUCUGUUCAAUUUCAUAAUCCUCUAGAACCCAAAGAAGCACCAUGGAAAGCACGACUAAAGAGGCUAGGUGGCUUUAGUGGUACAAGUAGUGGAUAUAGUAUGCCAGUACAUGAAACCACCAGAUCCAGUCUGUCUAAGCCUGUUAGUCCUGUACCACCACUUUGUGAAAGAGAGAAAGAUGUAGCUGGGGGAAUCGUGUUAGGGAGUCAGUUAGAAGAAGAUGAUUCAAUAAAUAGCCUUGUGAGGUCCACAAAAGUGCACGAACCUGGGCUGCAGCAACACAGCUCCGGGGGUGUCUAUAAAUCUGUCGUACAUGCUCUCUCCAAGCCAAAGGCAAAUGUUUCCCCACAGCGGCAGAACAAAGUGCCAGCAGAGGCGCCACUGAGGGAUCUGUACAGUCAUGUAUUGGGCUAUUUUGGAAGGAGAGCACCAGCCAGUAAAGAGGAUUUGAAUCAAAAGAGUCGUCCAGUUUCCACUGAUGUUGGCAACAGCAAUCCCAACAUUAGUGACCUGAUGGAUGAGUUUAUAGCAGAGCGAUUACGCAGCAAGAACACAAAUGUUGUUGCAAGGAGAGGAAGCAGCCCAGGGAGUCUAGAGAUUCCAAAAGAUCUUCCAGAUCUGUUGAAUCGACAGAAUUCCAUGCGACCUAUUGAUGACCCUGGUGUGCCUUCAGAAUGGACAUCUCCAGCCAGCGCAGGCAGUAGUGAUCUUGUCAGCUCUGACAGUCAUUCAGAUUCUUUUAAUGCAUUUCAGUAUGAUAGCUGCAAAUUUGAAAAUUUCAGCUUUGGUGUUGAAGCAGCCGCAGUUGCAAAUGUGGAAAUGGAAGGAUCCCAAAACCGGCAACCAACAGCUGAUGAACAAGAACUAGCCAGCCUUACUACGUUACACAUCGACUCUGAGACUAGCAGUCUCAGUCAACAUCCACUUUCGGCUGACACUGUAACAAUUACUGGAUCUGAAAGUGCUUCUCCUGUUCAUUCAGCAACUGGUUCCAGAUCUCAGACUCCUUCCCCAUCUACAUUAAAUGCUGACCAUAUGGACCACAAGGAACUGCACUUGGAUAAAAAACUCCAUCAUUCUGUAUUACAAACACCAGAUGACCUAGAAACAAGUGAAUUCCCUACAGAGGACUGCAGUGUGAUGGCAGGAGGAACCCUUACAGGAUGGCAUGCAGAUGUAGCCACUGUGAUGUGGAGGCGGAUGCUUGGGAUUUUGGGAGAUGUCAAUUGCAUAAAGGAUCCAGAAAUACAUGCACAAGUGUUUGACUAUUUGUGUGAGCUUUGGCAAAAUCUAGCCAAGAUAAGAGACAAUCUGGGUAUUUCAACUGACAAUCAGACUACACCUCCUCCACCAGUGUUAAUACCUCCACUUCGUAUUUUAACCCCAUGGCUUUUCAAAGCAACUAUGCUCAAUGACAGAUAUAAACAAGGGAAACUUCAUGCAUAUAAACUUAUCUGCAAGAUAAUGAAGAGAAGACAAGAUGUUUCUCCAAACUCAGAUUUUCUGACGCACUUUUAUUAUAUAAUGCACUGUGGAUUGUUGCAUGUUGAUCAGGAUAUUGUGAAUACAAUAAUCAAGCACUGCUCUCCACGAUUUUUCUCCAUUGGGUUGCCUGGUGCAACAAUGUUAAUACUGGAUUUCAUUGUUGCAGCUAGUAAAGUGACUGCCUCGACAUCCCUCAAUGCCCCAAGAGUUGAAGCCCAAAUUCUUCUGGGUUCACUAGUGUGCUUUCCUAAUCUUUACAGUGAACUGCCAGCUCUUCAUCCAAUUACAGCCGAUGUGGUAUUGACUCAAUUCACAGAUAUAAAGGAGCAUAUUAUUAAGAGCAUACUUAGUUCAGCAAAAGAAGAGCCAUCUGGACCUGCACGGUGUGUUGCGUUAUGUAGCCUUGGCAUUUGGCUAUGUGAAGAAUUGAUCCAUGACACUCGGCACCCACAGAUUAAGGAAGCUCUGAAUGUUAUUUGUGUAACCUUGAAGUUUCCAAAUAAAACAGUAGCACAGGUUGCUUGUGACAUUCUGCACAUGCUUGUAAAUUAUGUACAUACUCUUCAACAUUUUCAGUCUGACUUUCCCAAGAAAAUAAUUGAGAUUCUUUUAGCAACAAUAACUUAUUUGCUGCCUUCCACAGAGGGCUCUGCAUAUGAAGCAGAUAAAAGGUUGGUGGUUUCAUUGCUUCUUUGUCUUUUGGAUUGGGUAAUGGCAUUACCAUUGAAAAGUCUGCUGCAAGUGAUUAAUGCCACUGGUUCAGAAAAAGACAGAAUGGAAAAAACUGUACUGAGCUGUAUUUACAAGGUCCUACAUGGUUGCGUUUAUGGAGCACAGUGCUUUAACAACCCAAAAUAUUUCCCCAUUAAUUUGUCUGACCUUGCAUCAGAUGAAUAUGAACCUUUUUUGCACUUGGAAAGUCUAAAGGAGCCAGAACCUCUGCAUUCUCCAGAUUCUGAGAGGUCUUCCAAAUUGCAGCCAGUCACAGAAGUGAAAAGUCGAAUGCAGCAAGGGCUGAUAUCCAUAGCUGCCAGGACAGUGGUUACUCACUUAGUGAAUCACUUGGGUCACUAUCCCAUGAGUGGUGGCCCAGCAAUGCUGACGAGCCAGAUCUGUGAGAACCAGGACAACCCUUAUUGCGAUUGCCCGGAGCUUUCUCCUGAACUAUUUGAGAGUCCUAAUUUACAGUUCUUUGUAUUAAAUAACACUACUUUAAUGUCAAGUCUACAAAUACGAGCGGAAGAUAACAUUCCAGGUGGAGGAAUGUCUGCUGGCCUAACCACUACAAGUUCCAGUGUUCGGAUUAUUGUCCGUGAUAUAUCUGGCAAGUAUUCCUGGGACACAGCCAUACUUUAUGGACCUCCUCAUUGUAGCCAGCCAAACCAGCCAUUUUACCUUUCCCUCAGUCAUUCUUUGGAGGAGGAGUUCUAUCCCUGUCAAGAUACUUUGGAGAAUGAGGAGGAACUUCAGGUAGAAAUGGAAGAAAGUGAUGAUCAAUAUGAAGAUGAUGAAUCUAAAAAGUUCUUUAUGGCACCACAGGCAAAACGAAGAUGCAGAGAAGUGAUUCCUUCCUGGGAUGCUAUAAGGGAUGAUGAAGAUGCCCUUGAUGAAAUGCUUCAGUACUUGGGCACCACUAGUCCUGAAUGCCUGCAACGUACUGGAGUACCCCUCAACAUUCCUGCCCCACCUCCUACCUGCGUUUCUGAGAAACAAGAGAAUGAUGUUAUCAACGCCAUUUUGAAGCAGUACACAGAGGAGAAGGAGUUUGCUGACAAGCGUAACAAUGACCUUAACUUAAGGGCCAUGCAGCAAGAAGAACCAUGCCCACAGAAGCCCCAGUCUGCCUUUUACUACUGCAGACUCCUCCUGAAUAUCUUGGGAAUGAACUCCUGGGAAAAGAGGAGUAGCUUCCACCUUUUGAAGAAAAAUGAGAAACUUUUGCGAGAACUGAAGAAUUUGGACUCCAGACAGUGCCGGGAAACUCACAAAAUCGCUGUGUUUUAUGUUGCGGAAGGUCAGGAAGAUAAACAUUCAAUACUCACAAAUAUGACUGGCAGCCAAGCUUAUGAAGACUUUGUUUCAGGGUUAGGGUGGGAGGUGAACUUGACAAGCCACUGUGGCUUCAUGGGAGGACUCCAAAGAAAUAAAAGCACUGGCCUCACAACACCUUAUUUUGCAACAUCUACAGUUGAAGUCAUAUUUCAUGUAUCCACAAGAAUGCCACCCGACUCUGAUGAAUCUCUGACUAAAAAGCUUAGGCACCUAGGAAAUGAUGAAGUACACAUUGUCUGGUCAGAACAUACUCGAGAUUACAGAAGAGGAAUAAUUCCAACAGAAUUUGGGGAUGUUCUUAUUGUAAUAUAUCCAAUGAAGAAUCAUAUGUACAGCAUUCAGAUUCUGAAGAAGCCAGAGGUUCCAUUUUUUGGUCCUCUCUUUGAUGGAGCCAUUAUAGACGAAAAAAUACUUCCAACAAUGGUGCGUGCAACUGCAAUCAAUGCUAGCAGAGCUCUAAAGUCACUGAUUCCAUUAUACCAGAAUUUCUAUGAGGAAAGGGUACGGUAUCUGGAAACCAUUGUUCAGCAUCACUUAGAGCCUACUACCUUUGAAGACUAUGCUGCCCAGGUCUUUUGUCCAGCCCCUUUUCAUCACUUACCAAAUGAUGCAGAGAGAAAUGCUGUGAUAUUUCUGCUCCUUCCCAAACCUCCACUAGAAAACAUUGGCCUCAUCAAGGUAAAGGGUAAAGGCUUGAAACGGAAGGUCUUUCACGCUAGCUCUGAAUGGCUCAUGCCCAGAGAAUCAGCAAGUCGAAGGUCCAGCAGCACAGGCAGACGGGAACGACUUAGCCUCACCAAUGUCACCUCGUGCUAGCAAGAGCCGCAUGUCCAUGAAACUGCGCCGCUCCUCAGGCUCCGCUAACAAAUCGUGAUGAUCGCAGUGCCGCAGCGUAAACUUGAGAAGAGGCUCAGUCUACCUUACCCUUGCAAAAGGAAUCGUCGUGGUGCACAACAUUGCUCUUUGUUUCCAUUUCCUCCAUGCGACUGUCAACACAUGGAUUUUCACUGUGCCUGCCUCCUAGAGUCAAAGCCACUCCGUCAGAGACUUUACAAAAGCACUGGAAUUUCGUCAAUGUUUUGAUUAUUUUCAUGUUUGACUCCCAUCAUUGUUUUUUUGUUUUUGGCCCUUUGCCUGUUAUGUUCAUUAUCUAUGUGAGAACAAAUGCUCUUAUGAGUAUUAGUAUGUUGGCAUUGAACUGUUACAGUUGUUAAUUUUUUUAAUUUAUUUAUUUUUUAUUAUUUAGGAGUACCAUUCAUACAGGUUUUUACCAUUGUAAAUUAAAAAAGUUUUAUACAAAAGUCUUCACAAAAAAAAAAUUGUUUUUGCAUGAAACAGGAGUUGAAGAUGAUUUGAGGAUGUGCUUGAGCAGCCCAAUUCGCGUGUUACUGAGCUCUUUGAAUUUCCAAUGUCAAGCCAAAGACACUGGCGUGCUGUGUUCAUUUUACACACUCGGAAGUGCUUCUGCUCUCUCUAGCUUAUUAUUUCUUUUUUUCAUCCCUGCAUACAAAGAGAGGUGGUUUUUGUAUACAGCAUGAAGUCUGAAUCUUUUGACAGCUCUUAACCCUGCCCGCGUCUGCCUGUUACGCAAAGAGAAUGUGACAAAGGUGGACUCUGUCCUUUUGACAGAAGGAAAGCCGCAUGCACUUCUGUUUUGUCUCUUGGUAAAUGGCAGCAUAACUGAUUCCUUCCCAGUUCAGACUAGUUGAUUAUAAAAGACAAUUCUUUAUCUUCUUUUAUUUCGACCUUCUAUUCUCAAAAGCCAGACGCUGUAUUGUGAACCUUUACUUCAUUCAUGACUGAGUUGCUGCAGCUCAGGUUUGUUUUUACCUGCACAUCAAUUGCCUUCCUUCCUAUGCUGAUGGAGAAUGUUGAGAGGAGGCGAGCUGCCCCACUGGUUUGAAGUUCCUCUCGCUGCUGUCCCCCCCCAAACCUGACCAAUUCUGUAGCCUUGCACCAUCCACAAGCUGCCUUAAAUCUUUGCGCCUGAGCUCAAGUCAGUGGUACUGUGCACAGCUCUGUCCUCUGCCUGGCUCUCAAACUGUUCACUGACUUGGAGGCUGCCGAGUGUGGAUACACAAAGCUGGAAGCGUUGACUGUGGCUUAGGCGAAGGAGCGCUGCAAAAUUAGAGUGCGUGCGUGCGUGUGUGCGUGCAUAUGACCAGGCGGAAGUUUUUAUUGUGCUACAUUUUUAACACUUGAAUGUUGAUGUGUUCUCUUGGUUUUAUACAUGCACACCUGUAUAUUUUUUUUAAUAAUCUAUUGGUUCCGUUUUUUGUUUUUUUGUUUUUUUUAAUUCGAUGAUUUCAAAUAAGCCGAUUCUGUUAGCUCUGCAGUCCCAUCAGAUCUAGAUACUCUCUUCUUUAUUUUAUGGGCCGAUAACAGGUAAUUAGGCCUAUCCUUUGAUUCGAACGUCCCAACAUUUCUGCAGUAUUUGUCAACUGCGCAGACUGAGUUUGCUCCACUUCUUGCCAACACUGCUGACAUCACUCUGCCCAGCCGUUGCGAUUAUUUGGUAAUUGAUGCAUUGUGCCCAUUUUUCACUUACCUCCAACAUGGAAUAAUUAUAGUUGUGAAUAUUAAUACCACAAAAUUAUCCAUGCAAAAUGAUCACAACACUUGUGUUCAGUUCUUGGGAUUUACUCGUAUUCCAAAUGAAAAUGUCGGCACACAUUUGUAGUGAACUUAGGAGUACUGUAUAUGUUAUUAACCAAAUGCCGCAUGAUGA